CCUUAAAAAACGCUACAUCGUCAUGUUACGUUUUUGUUUUAAGCUAUCCGGCUUCCGUGGCAUAAAACAUUUUGACGUCAGCGUAAAUAUCCGGUAUUAGCUCGACAAAGUAUCCUUACAUUUCUGUGCUAUCUUUGGCAACAUCAUGGAGUUGUUUCUUUCUGGUCCACUUCUUCAUUUUUGCAACGCUUCUUUUCCUACUGGAGCAUCUGUUCGUGAUCUAGUUGAUAUUUUUACGAAAGAAAAGGUUGGGAAUCCCUCAUCGGAUCUCUAUGUCAAGAAUAAUGGACGACUAUCAGAGCUUGAUGAGAAAUUGCAGGCUGGAGCGGUGUAUCGACUGGAGCCUCGUCUCUGUGGAGGGAAAGGAGGUUUUGGGUCUAUGCUUAGGGCUCUUGGGGCACAAAUUGAGAAGACCACAAACCGCGAAGCCUGCAGAGACCUAAGCGGAAGGAGACUAAGAGAUGUCAACCAUGAGAAAGAGAUGGCAGAGUGGCUUAAGAAGCAGGCAGACCGUGAGGCAGAGAAAGAGCAAAGGCGUCUGGAGAGACUGCAGAGGAAGCUGGCCGAGCCCAAGCAUCACUUUACAGACCCAGAGUACGAGAAGCAGUGCCACGAUCUCUCAGAACGCCUGGAGGACUCCGUUUUAAAAGGAAUGCAAGCCUCUUCCAGCGGACUAGUGAAAGUAGACGAGGCACCGAAACGCAAAAAGCCACCUCCAAACAAAGGCCAAGGGAAAAGCAAGAAGAAAUGCUUUUGGACGGGUGUUGGUGGCCUGGAUGACCUCGACAGCUCUGAGGAUGACGAUGAUGCAAGCGACAGCGGGAACUCUCCCUCCACAUCUGCUUCCGAUUCAGGGGUACCCGAUUGUCCCGUAACGGGAGCAACGUCAGCUUACACAUCAGCCUCUCAGAGCAGAGCGGAACAAACGGCAACUCCGGAAGCUCCUAGGGCAAGCAGCAACUCCAUCUCAGGACCCAGCUCUCCAGAGAGCCCAGCCGAGGUGCAGACACAAUCUCAAGCAGAGGCAGCAGCUUUUGCUACCAGUGGUAGUGGGGAGCAGAAGGAGGUGGUCCCCACAGAAGAAACAUUCCCAAAGACCGACAAUCUAAGCGUAGCUCAGAGUAGCGUCAACCAAGCCGCUUGUGAAGAUGGGCCCUUAGACCUCCAGGCAGUGCACUCAGACAAGGAGUUGGAGACUUUGGGGUUGGACAGGCUAAAGGCGGAACUGAUUGCACGGGGGAUGAAGUGUGGGGGAACCCUGUCCGAGCGCGCUGCUCGCCUUUUCUCCACCGUAGGGCUUUCUGCAGAGGACAUCGAUCCUGCCCUAUUGGCCAAACCCAGCAAGAAGCAAUGACUGCCUAGUGCCUAUUAUUGCACCAUAUAAUAUUGAGUCUUCUGCUAAGUGGACUCCUGAUAUAACUAUGUCGUGUGCCCCAGAUUCAAAGUGUGAUUACUUUUGUUUGCCCCAUAUAGUGGACACAAUUAAAGCUUGUCCCAGCUAUUGGAUAUAUCCCAGAAUUCUCCUGUUAGAGUAGAUUUGACUUUUGAAAUGAUUAAGUCAAUGUACUGUCCCUUAUGUUUGAAAUGUCACAAAUUAAAUGAACUUUCUCUUUAUCACAGUAGCUAGGUUUUUAUCCAAUUGGUGACAGAUUUUCAUGCAAAUUUUCUAAAACGAUAUGUGCAUUUUUCAACUAGAGAUGUUACCAUCACGUGACUCCAAGUUUACUUUGAUAUGAUGGUUAUUAUAUUAACAUUUGAGUAUGAAGGUGUUUCCACUGCCAUUUCUCGUGUAAUUAAUUUUCCAGAAACGCAAAGUUCCCACCUUGUCUUGCCUUUUGUGUUUUGUUGACAUUUGGAAAGUUAACACAAUUAGCUGUUUCCAAAAGGCCUGUUGACUUUUUAAAAUCCAAUGUUCUUUACUGACAUAAAGUUGAAUGGCAACCUGGUUAGUGAGUGGUUGAUCUCACAACAAACAUAUUUUUAGGACAGAGAAAUUAUCUUUGGCUUAAAAAUUAGGUUCAUAAUUCUGGAAAUGGCUAUCUUGUUGUUCUGUGGUCUUAUACAUGUUCCUUUUGUGGAUAUAUGGUUGAAUAAAAGGACUUACUGUAUUGUUUUAAGCUCAAA